AUGUUCGGAACAGAUGACGAAGAAGAUAUGGAGAAAAUUAUCACGGCGGAAAAAUGGGCACAGAAAUGGAAUAAGGCAGACAUUGGCAAAGAAGAUAUGAAUAAUCUUGUGAUGGAUGUUCUGGUAUUCGAAGGGUUUGUGGAAGCUGCAAGGCGUUUUCAGGAAGAGUCCAACACUAUGCAUCUCAAUGAUGCGACGAUCACUGACCGGAUCACUGACCGACUUGCGAUUCUCGGUGCCAUCAAAUCCAGAGACCUGGCUGAUGCUAUAGCGAGAGUAAAUGCUUUAAUCCCUGAGAUACCGGAGGCUGAACUUCAUCUGAAAACCCAAAAGUUUAUUGAAUUAAUGCGUGAAGAGAAGAUAGGCGAUGCCGUGAAGUUUGCUCAGGAUGAGAUUGCCCCAAUUGCGGAAAACCACGAGGCAUUUGCAAAACAAUUUGAGAAAAUUUUUACUCUACUGACUGUCUAUUUCCGUAUCCCAUCGACUAAAGAGCUUCUUGGCGACUCUCAGUGGUAUCGUACAUAUAAUGAAGUAAAUGCAGCAAUUACUGGUGAAAGAGGUCCUCAACUUCAACAUUUGUUGAACUUACUUCAACAAAAUGGAUGCAAGUGGCUUCGAGUACCCACGUCUGCUACUUUCCACCGGCCACCCACUAUGAUUCUUCAUCGCUUCUUUUCUUCCUCAGGAACAUUAGUAGAGCGUAUAGUUUGUUCUUUGUUAUUCAUUUAG